AAAAUAAAGUUCUCAGUUAAGUCCCGCCUUCUUUCGUGACGCAGCAGUUACGUUAUUUGAUUGACGGACAGGUAAGGCGACACCGGCCGCCAUAUUGGGAACGACCGGAAGUAAGACGCAAGAGGAGGAGGGAGGGAGGAAGAGAUCAGUGAAGUCGAUCAGUUUCCGAGAAAAGGCCGAACCGGGUCCGGAGUUGGUGUCGGCGGAGGAAGGGGCGGUCUUUGCGCCAGAACCGGAAUCGGAGUCAGUCCGCUCGGCUCGGUUCUGCCGACUCACAGAAAAGAAACGGGAAACAUUUCUGAAGAGGAGGCGGCAGGAGUCAAGGAGUCGACGGAGGGAGGAUCAAAGCGGACCCGAACAGAGGAAGAGGAAGAGGAGAAGAAGAAGAAGAAGAGGAGGAGGAGGAGAAGAUGCCUCUGGCUCAGCUGGUGGAUCCAUGGAGGAAGGUGCCGGUGGGGGGGACAUCCGGAGAGGACGCUCAUCAGGACCACGAGGACUCCAUGAUAGAGGAUGACUCCAUGCCCGUCUGCGCUGAUGACGUUCCCAUCAAAGAGAUCAACAUCACACAUCUGGUGAAGGAAGGCUCGGAGAAGGCCGAUCCGCGGCAGUUCGAGCUACGCAAAGUCCUGGGACAAGGCUCCUUCGGCAAGGUGUUUUUGGUGAGGAAGAUCACAGGGCCAGAUGCUGGUCAGCUGUACGCCAUGAAGGUCCUGAAGAAAGCUACGCUGAAAGUUCGUGACCGAGUCAGGACGAAGAUGGAGCGGGACAUCCUGGUUGAGGUCAACCAUCCCUUCAUUGUCAAGCUCCACUACGCGUUUCAGACGGAGGGGAAGCUCUACCUGAUCCUGGACUUUCUCAAAGGUGGAGAUCUCUUCACCCGGCUCUCCAAAGAGGUAAUGUUCACAGAAGAAGAUGUGAAGUUCUACCUGGCAGAACUCGCUCUGGCUCUGGACCACCUCCACGGCCUCGGCAUCAUUUACAGAGACCUGAAGCCUGAAAACAUCCUGCUGGAUGAGGACGGACACAUCAAGCUGACCGACUUCGGCCUCAGUAAGGAGUCCAUAGACCACGAGAACAAAGCCUACUCCUUCUGUGGGACGGUGGAGUACAUGGCUCCUGAGGUGGUGAACAGGCGGGGGCACACGCAGAGCGCCGACUGGUGGUCGUACGGCGUGCUCAUGUUCGAGAUGCUGACGGGAACGCUGCCUUUUCAAGGCAAAGACCGGAAAGAGACGAUGACAAUGAUUCUCAAAGCCAAGUUGGGAAUGCCGCAGUUUCUCAGUGCUGAAGCCCAAAGUCUCCUCAGGAACCUUUUCAAACGCAACCCUGCCAACAGAUUAGGCGCCGGAGCAGAUGGAGUAGAGGGGAUCAAAAGGCAUCAGUUCUUCAGCACCAUCGACUGGAAUAAACUCUUCCGCAGAGAGAUUCGGCCUCCUUUCAAACCGGCUGCAGGACGAUCUGACGAUACGUUCUAUUUUGAUCCGGAGUUCACAGCUAAAACACCCAGAGACUCACCAGGGGUCCCGCCAAGCGCCAACGCCCAUCAGCUCUUCAGAGGAUUCAGUUUUGUGGCCAUAACAGAGGAGGAAGCACAGCCAGUACCCAAUACUAUUGUACAGCAACUUCACAGAAGCACAUCCCAGUUUUCAGACGCGUAUGAGAUUAAAGAGGACAUCGGCGUCGGUUCUUACUCCAUAUGUAAACGCUGUAUACACAAAGGAACCAGCAUGGAGUACGCAGUCAAGAUCAUUAACAAGGCGAAGAGAGACCCGACAGAGGAGGUGGAGAUCCUGCUGAGAUAUGGACAGCAUCCUAACAUCAUCACCCUGAAGGACGUGUAUGACGACGGCCGCUCGGUGUUCCUGGUGACGGAGCUGAUGAAAGGAGGCGAGCUGCUGGACAAAAUCCUCCGACAGAAGUUUUUCUCCGAGCGAGAAGCCAGCGCCGUCCUCUACACCAUCACCAAGACCAUGGAGUACCUGCACGUCAACGGGGUGGUUCACCGGGACCUGAAGCCCAGUAACAUCCUGUACGUGGACGAGAGCGGGAACGCCGAGUCCAUCCGGAUCUGCGACUUCGGUUUCGCCAAACAGCUGCGAGCGGAGAACGGCCUGCUCAUGACGCCGUGUUACACCGCCAACUUCGUGGCUCCGGAGGUUUUGAAGAAGCAGGGUUACGACGCAGCCUGUGACAUCUGGAGUCUGGGGGUUCUGCUCUACACGAUGCUGACGGGUUUCACUCCGUUUGCUAACGGCCCAGAGGACACUCCGGAGGAGAUUCUGUCCCGGAUCGGCAGCGGGAAGUUCUCCCUGACAGGAGGGUACUGGAACUCAGUUUCUGCUGAAGCAAAGGAUCUGGUGUCGAAGAUGCUGCAUGUGGACCCCCACCGGAGACUGACUGCGGGUCAAGUCCUCAGACACCCCUGGGUGACCCGCCGAGACCAGCUGCCCAAAUACACCCUGAACAGACAGGAAGCACCACAUCUGGUCAAGGGGGCGAUGGCGGCCACGUACUCUGCGCUGAGCAGGAACGUGGCCACGGUUCUGGACCCGGUGGGCUGCUCCUCUCUGGCUCAGCGGAGGGGGCUGAAGAAAAUCACCUCCACCGCUCUGUGACCUCCUCCUUCUCCUCCUGUCAACUCUGACCUCGAUCCCACCACCGCCGGCCUCCUCCUUCCCCUCCAGUCCGAUCCGGUCCGGUCCAGUGGGACAGACUACUGAUAGAGCUGAUAAGCCAAAUAGGAGCACAAACACCCCCCUACCCCCUUCCCCUCCCUGGACUCUUCUGAUCGGAUCUCUUCUUUCUUACUGUCAGCUUUAGCCUCGCCGAUCGACGGCUGGACCAGAACCGGAACCCGUCGACCCGUUUCUGCUUUGGACAAUCAGCACUGCCUCUCAGAGCAGCAGCGCGUCAGGAAGAUGAAAGUAUUUAUUCACCUCGCACAGGUAGUCAUAGGAUCAAUCGGAGGUAUGCGUUUUUAAUUUUUGUCGCAGAUUCAAACCUUCAGUCGCCUCUGAGACGACGCCGGCGGCAGAAAUCAGGAGGCAGAGAAAAGUCUGGUCUUUAGCGGGAGAAUCAGUACGUUUUGUUCUGACUUUUAAAUAUAAAAUUUUAAUUAAACAUUCAGUUUAUCCAAAA